AUGGAGGAAGAAAGGGAUAGGAAAAUUAAACAAGAUUUGGAUCUAAAAAUCAAAGCAGCGCUUGCAUUAGGUCAAAUGUGCCCUAACGUCGUAAAUAAAGCUGCUCUCGCUACUCUUGCUGAUUUUCAGUCAAAUCCUCGAACAAAAGAAGCGAUGCAUCGUCGUUAUCUCGGCAACAAAGCUUUAACAAGUGGCGACUACAAAACAGCAUAUUGUGAAUAUUCAAUGGGAAUUGUAAAUAAUCCUGAUGACCCAGCUCUAUGGUGUAAUCGGUCCCUGGCAUAUCUUAAACUAGGGCAUCCAGAGCUUACCGUCGUCGACUCUAAACGCGCAAUUGAAGUGAUGGAUAAAUAUAUUGAUGACAGCAGAAAUAAGAAACCUGGACUUAAAAUGCCGCUUAUUACUAAAGAUAAUGAUGGUUUGACACUGGGCCAAAAAUUAAGUCAGCUUCGACUCAAAGCCAAUUUUCGCGCGAGUCAGGCGCUGGCGAAUCUGGAACUUUUCCCGGAUGCGAUCGAUUCCUGCGAAUGGUUGCUAGGAGUCAUAGAUCAAGUUAAAGGUGUUCCUUUUAAUUGGACUGAUGUGCGAAAAUUACUCGAGGAAUGUAAAAAGAGAUUGGAGGAUGGACGUAAGAAACAUGGACCGAACUAUGUAGAUCGCGUUGAAAAUUAUGGGAAAUAUACGUUUCGUGGAAAAUAUUGGUGGGAUGCAAGACAAGAGAAUAGAAUGUCAGAGGGAAUAUUUCAAAAUUUAGCACGGAAAAUUUCCGAAAUCUCUUCAAAGGUCAAAGUGGCCAAAGUUACUUUUGAGGAAUGGGGAAACGAAUAUCAUUAUGGCAUAAAAGCGACAUCCAAUAUCUCGGAAAAUACAUUGAUACUUGAAGAAGUACCAUUCCUUUGUGUCAAUUCUGGGUUCACGAAACGAUGCGACUACUGUAAUUACGAAGUCAAGAAAAAAGUCAAAUAUAUCUGCCCAAAAACAGGUUGCAAAGAAACAUAUUGUAAUAUUCAAUGCUAUCAACAGGCAUAUAAUCUGUAUCAUAAAGUUAUGUGUGGAAAAGAUUUCAGCGAAAUUUACAAAAUUGUAAAGACCGGAGUAUCAACCUCCUCGCUAUCUCACCUCUUCGCAAUCAAACUUUUCGCAAUCGGCAAAAAUCGCGAUAUCUGUCCAUUAGAUAUCGAAGAAAUCAAGCACCUACGACGUUGGGCAAACGCGUACAGUACUAUGCCUGUAGUAUUCUUUAAGUUCUAUAAAAUAAUAAUAAAAAAUCUAGAAAUUCCAAUUGGUGACCUUCGCUUCGACUUCUGGGUUUAUAUUUCCUGCAUGAGUACCCUCGGCAACAACUUGUUUGGUGAUAAAGAUAAUCAAUCUCGUCCUGAUACCUCGGUAUUAUUACCAUUGAUAAGUCUCAUCAAUCAUGAUUGUGAACCGAAUGCUCAUCCGACUGUUGAAUUGAAUAAUCGUAAAUGGGGAUUAGAGGCUAAGCGAAACAUCAAAAAAGGGGAACCAAUCACUGUUUCUUAUGUCAAUUGGCCGAAUAUGGAUGAUGAGGAACGUUGUAAAAGGUUGUUUAUCCAACACGGUAUCAAGUGUAAAUGCAAAAAGUGCUCCCCUUUUUCUAAAUUAAUUGAAUCAUAUGAGAAAAGUGAAGGUGUCGUAGCCAAUACUUAG